GGAGAAGGAGAGGGGAAAACACAAACCUGUCAGCGCUGUUUCUCAGCGGAGGCCUCCGGAGCCGCCGCGCACCCCUUAAGAAGAGCCCCUCACCUGCCGCCGCCCCGCCGCACCUGGCCGAGCCGAGGAGCCGCCGCCGGAGUCGGCGCUUCGCUCCGUGACUGCGAUGUGCCGGUCCUAGCUGCCGUCUGAGAGGAUGUCCGGGGUUUCUGAGACCCUGAGCCGAGUGAAGGUGGGCACGUUACGUCGGCCUGAAGGCCCCCCAGAGCCCAUGGUGGCAGUGCCAGUAGACGUGGAAAAGGAAGACGUGCGGAUCCUCAAGGUCUGCUUCUAUAGCAACAGCUUCAACCCCGGGAAGAACUUCAAACUAGUUAAAUGCACUGUGCAGACCGAGAUCCGGGAGGUCAUCACCUCCAUCCUGCUGAGCGGGCGGAUCGGGCCCAACAUCCAGCUGGCGGACUGCUACGGGCUGAGGCUGAAGCACAUGAAGUCGGAUGAGAUCCACUGGCUGCACCCGCAGAUGACGGUGGGCGAGGUGCAGGACAAGUACGAGUGUCUACACAUGGAAGCUGAGUGGAGGUAUGACCUUCAAAUCCGCUACCUGCCAGAGGACUUCAUGGAGAGCCUGAAAGAAGACAGGACCACACUGCUUUAUUUUUACCAACAGCUCCGCAAUGACUACAUGCAACGCUAUGCCAGCAAGGUCAGCGAGGGCAUGGCCCUGCAGCUGGGCUGUCUGGAGCUCAGGCGGUUCUUCAAGGACAUGCCCCACAACGCACUGGACAAAAAGUCCAACUUCGAGCUCCUGGAGAAAGAAGUGGGGCUGGACCUGUUUUUCCCAAAGCAGAUGCAGGAGAACUUAAAGCCCAAGCAAUUCCGAAAGAUGAUCCAGCAGACGUUCCAGCAGUAUGCCUCGCUCCGGGAGGAGGAGUGCGUCAUGAAGUUCUUCAACACCCUCGCGGGCUUUGCCAACAUCGACCAGGAGACCUUUCGCUGUGAACUCAUUCAAGGAUGGAACAUUACUGUGGACCUGGUCAUCGGCCCUAAAGGCAUCCGCCAGCUGACAAGUCAAGAUGCAAAGCCCACCUGCCUGGCCCAGUUCAAGCACAUCAAGUCCAUCAGGUGCCUCCCGCUGGAGGAGGGCCAGGCGGUACUGCAGAUAGGCAUUGAAGGCGCCCCUCAGUCCUUGUCCAUCAAAACCUCCUCUCUGGCAGAGGCCGAGAACAUGGCUGACCUCGUAGAUGGUUACUGCCGGCUGCAGGGGGAGCACAAAGGCUCUCUCAUCAUUCGACCCAAGAAAGGUGUGUUUCCACUUGAAGAUGGUGAGAAGCGGGACAGCCUGCCCCAGAUCCCCACACUAAACCUGGAGACUCGGCGACCCCACCUCUCAGAAAGCUGCAGCAUAGAAUCAGACAUCUAUGCAGAGAUUCCCGACGAGACCCUGCGAAGACCAGGAGGCCCACAGUAUGGCAUUGCCCGGGAAGAUGUGGUCCUGAAUCGUAUUCUUGGUGAAGGCUUUUUUGGGGAGGUCUAUGAAGGUGUCUACACGAGUCACAAAGGGGAGAAAAUCAACGUGGCUGUAAAGACCUGCAAGAAAGACUGCACUCUGGACAGCAAGGAGAAGUUCGUGAGUGAGGCAGUGAUCAUGAGGAACCUGGAUCACCCGCACAUCGUGAAGCUGAUCGGCAUAAUUGAAGAGGAGCCCACCUGGAUCGUCAUGGAACUGUACCCCUACGGGGAGUUGGGCCACUACCUGGAGCGAAACAAGAACUGCCUGAAGGUGCUCACUCUUGUCCUGUACUCGCUGCAGAUCUGCAAGGCCAUGGCCUACCUGGAGAGCAUCAACUGUGUCCACAGGGACAUCGCUGUCCGGAACAUCCUGGUGGCCUCCCCUGAGUGUGUGAAGCUGGGGGACUUUGGCCUUUCCCGGUACAUUGAGGAUGAGGAGUAUUACAAAGCUUCUGUGACGCGUCUCCCUAUCAAAUGGAUGUCCCCCGAGUCCAUUAACUUCCGCCGCUUCACGACGGCCAGUGACGUCUGGAUGUUUGCCGUAUGCAUGUGGGAAAUCCUGAGCUUUGGGAAGCAGCCCUUCUUCUGGCUGGAGAACAAGGAUGUCAUCGGGGUGCUCGAGAAGGGGGACCGGCUGCCCAAGCCUGACCUCUGCCCACCUGUUCUCUACACCCUCAUGACCCGCUGCUGGGACUACGACCCCAGUGAGCGGCCCCGCUUCACUGAGCUCGUGUGCAGCCUCAGUGACAUUUAUCAGAUGGAGAAGGACGUUGCCAUAGAGCAGGAGAGGAACGCUCGCUACCGACCUCCCAAAAUCUUGGAGCCCACGGCCUUCCAGGAACCCCCACCCAAGCCCAGCCGGCCCAAGUACAGACCCCCUCCACAAACCAACCUUCUAGCACCCAAGCUGCAAUUCCAGGUCCCCGAGGGUCUGUGUACCAGCUCGCCCACGCUCGCCAGCCCUAUGGAGUAUCCAUCUCCCGUAAACUCUCUGCACACCCCACCUCUCCACCGGCACAAUGUCUUCAAGCGCCACAGCAUGCGGGUAAGAGGGCCACAAAUAACUGUCUGCAAAGAUGGCUGCAGAUUUAAGGACAACUUUACAAGAAAAAAGCAGCCGGAGGAGGACUUCAUCCGACCCAGCAGCCGAGAGGAGGCCCAGCAGCUGUGGGAGGCCGAGAGGGUCAGGAUGCGGCAGCUCCAGGAGAAGCAGCAGAAGCAGAUGGUGGAAGAUUACCAGUGGCUGAGGCAGGAGGAGAGAUCCCUGGACCCCAUGGUUUACAUGAAUGACAAGUCCCCGUUGACCCCAGAGAAGGAGGUCGGCUACACGGAGUUCACGGGCCCCCCAGAGAAGCCACCGAGGCUGGGCGUGCAGUCCAUCCAGCCCACAGCCAACCUGGACCGGACCCACGACCUGGUGUACCUCAACGUCAUGGAGCUGGUGCGGGCUGUGCUGGACCUCAAGAAUGAGCUCUGCCAGCUGCCCCCCGAGGGCUACGUGGUGGUGGUGAAGAACGUGGGCCUGACGCUGCGGAAGCUCAUCGCGAGUGUGGACGACCUCCUGCCGUCCUUGCCGUCGUCUUCGCGGACAGAGAUCGAGGGGACCCAGAAACUGCUCAACAAGGACCUGGCGGAGCUCAUCAAUAAGAUGCGACUGGCGCAGCAAAACGCCGUGACCUCCCUGAGUGAGGAGUGCAAACGGCAGAUGCUCACCGCCUCCCACACGCUGGCUGUGGAUGCCAAGAACCUGCUGGACGCCGUGGACCAGGCCAAGGUUCUGGCCAACCUGGCCCAGCCGCUGGCAGAGUGAAGAGGGCAACGCCUCCCGCCUGCGUCUCCGCCCCCGCCCGCCGUGUCCCUCCCUGCCCCGGCCCCUGCCUGACCUUCGGUCCUAUGGGUCCCCCCGGGGGGGGGGCAGGCGAGGAGAGUCCUCCUUCCCCUGCCAUUUUGCACGUCCCCUCUCCCCACCCCGCCCCCAGACUGUGCUGCUCAGGCCGCAGCUGGACAGAGGUGACUCAGGGCUGCAGACGGCAGGGGGUGACAAAGAGGGCUCAGAGGGAGCGUGGCUCUGCUGCCUGGCCUGAGGGGGCCACGCUGGGGCCCCUUGCGGCCACGAUGGCUUUACGCGUCCCGUGAAGGGCGGGCUGACUGGGGAACCAAGCUCUUCUCUUUCCUCCCCCGCCCACGGAGCCCCGCCCACGGAGCCCCGCCCCACGCCGUGCACAGAGGGAGGGGCCGAGAGGGGCUCUCUCUGGGGAGGCGGGCGGCUGGUGCCAAGAGGGAUGGACCUGGCUUUCUUGUACAGUGUAUAGUGGAAUUUAUUUAAUGUGAGUUUGGUCUGGACUGACAGCCGUAUGUGCCCCUGAGGGGAGACCUGGGACAGUCCAGGGACAAGCUACUGGGAGUCGGGACACGGGAGGCUGUGUUGUCCACACGCCAAGAGGGGAGAAGGGGAGAGACGAGGCCAAACUGGACCCGCAUUCCUCGCCCCCUUUCCGUUCUUCCCUCCCUGUCCCCUUCCUUCUCUUUUCUUACUUGUCUUCUCUCCCCCUUUCUCAACCACUCCCUCCCUCCCGUUCUUGUGUUUGUGCAGAACACUCUUUUACCUUCUUUCUAUUUGACUUGUGGAGGAAUUAAAAUUGUACCAUUUGC